UUCUGUUCCUUCUGCAACAACGAAUCACAUUCGCCCCAAAAUCCCAAUUCUACCCCUCCCCCAAUGCCUCCCGCCACCACCUCCUCCUCGGCGCCGGGCCCAGCUCAGCGCCUCAUCCGCUUCAACCGCCGGACCUCCGCGCCCCGCCGCCACCGCUCCCCGCCCCAGUCCCCGCCGCCGAAGAAGUUCAAGCUGCUGUCGGAGAUAAUGGAGACGGCGCGAUUCUCCGUCGUGGAGAGAACCGAUUACAGCGACGUCCGGUGCGAGCAAUGCGGCUCCGGCGACCGAGCAGAGGAGCUGCUGCUCUGCGACAAAUGCGAUAGAGGCUUCCACAUGAAAUGUCUCCGGCCGAUCGUCGCCAUUCUUCCGAUUGGGCCGUGGCUCUGCCCUAGGUGCUCCGGACACCGAAGAGUAAGAAGUUUUUCGCAGAAGAAGAUCAUCGAUUUCUUUCGGAUUCAGAAAUGUGGUGGUGAUGAACACAAGGACAAAUGUGCUUCUCCUCAAGAUGCUCCUAAGCGACGGAGACGUUCAGGAUCAUUAGUUAUGCAGAAGAGAAGAAGAAGAUUAUUGCCAUUUAUCCCAUCAGAGGAUCCUGCUCAAAGGCUAAAACAAAUGGGUUCCCUUGCAUCUGCUUUGACAGCAUUGCGCAUGGAAUUCAGUGAUGAUCUCACAUACAUGCCCGGCAUGGCUCCUAGAUCUGCAAACCAGUCCAAGUUUGAAGAUGGUGGAAUGCAGAUUCUUUCCAAAGAAGAUACUGAGACGUUGGAAAACUGCAGAGCCAUGUGUAAGAGAGGAGAAUGCCCUCCUCUCACAGUCGUUUUCGAUGCAUGUGAAGGUUUUACAGUAGAGGCUGAUGAGCUCAUUAAGGAUCUCACUUUAAUUGCUGAAUAUACGGGUGAUGUUGACUACAUUAAGCAUCGGGAAAAUGAUGACUGUGACAGCAUGAUGACCCUUCUCUUAGCACACAAUCCAUCUAAGAGUCUUGUCAUCUGCCCUGAUAAACGUGGAAACAUUGCUCGAUUUAUCAAUGGAAUCAACAACCAUUCCCUGGAGGGUAAGAAGAAACAGAAUUGUAAAUGUGUGAGAUACAGUGUCAAUGAUGAAUGCCGGGUCUUAUUGGUUGCUACUCGUGAUAUUGCUAAAGGAGAGAGGUUAUAUUAUGAUUAUAAUGGAUAUGAGCAUGAAUACCCUACUCAACAUUUUGUUUAACAUAUCAAUAUUGAUAUUGGCAACUCACUGGCUAAUUUUGGCCUUAGAUCCCUUGCUUUUGGUUGGUUUUUUUUUUUCUCUUAGUUCUUCCAUUAAACCAUUCAUUGUAACUUAAUGUAGAAUUGUAGAGCUGGCUCAUUAUGUGGCCAUGAGAGUUAGAGCUGGCAAGGAAACAUUUUCCUUGCAUAAGUUAAGGAUCAUCAUUCUGUAAUACAGGUUUCAAUGGAAAAUUUUAU